CCUGAAUAAAAAUCCCGGAAUUAUUUUCUUAUUCUCGUUAUGACAGGAAAGACCUUCUGCUGUAAGACCUCCCAGUAGCCAACCGCAAUGAGAAACUACAAGUAGCCACUGACUAAAAUUGAGACAUUUGUCAUGAACCGGGAACGUUCGGCUUGAAUUAUGUACCUAAUGUAUGUUAGGUACUUUCCAGAGUUUUCAAAAUACGAGAGUCCUCGUGUUACUUGAGGUAAGUACGUCGAUUAGUUACCGCCACAUCAAGAAUACUGCAAGUUAGUCGCGACUCGCGAGUCCAGAUAAUUUGGAACUACCUAAUAGCAUCAUCAACUUAGCUACCUAACCUAUCAUCAACUUAGCUACCUACCUCCUAACUUCAUUCUCAUUCAGCUCGAGUAUAUCAAGAAUUACCUAAAUAGCUUCAUCCCUACAAUUAUAAGUCUAACCUAUACCUAAGAGCAUUCUCAAUAAUAUCAGUCAAACAUUACUUUCUUCCUGCUUCCCUGUCCCUAACCAAGUACAUACCUACAUACCUACAUACCUACGUUUCCGCUAUUUACCUCUAAAGCUUCCGUCGUCAUGUCAUCUAACCAAACCCCCAUCAAUGCUGUAUACUAUCCCAGCUGGCGAGUCUACAAGGGCUUUCCCCCCUCGUCUCUCCAACUCGACUGCAUUAACCGAAUAUACUACGCCUUCGUCCUCCUAAACGAAGAUGGAACCCUCAAAUUAUUAGACGAGUUUGCAGACUUAACCAAAGACGUCGACGGGGAGAAGGGCUGCAUCCGCGCGCUGGCCAAAUUAAAGCAGCAAAAGCCUGAUCUCAAAACUCUAGUCUCAAUCGGUGGUGGCAGCGGCAGCGCCGAGUUUCCCGCCAUGGCCGCGGACUCUACCCGUCGGAGUACGUUCGCGAGGUCCUGCAAGGAGUUCGUAGAGCAGUACCAAUUCGAUGGCGUAGAUAUCGACUGGGAGUUCCCAUUAACACCGGACGUAGGUAAAAAUUACAUUGCCGUACUCGGCGCCCUGAGAAAAGCACUGCCCUCGCCGCGGUACCUCCUUACUACCGCUCUGCCUACUGGUGAGUACUGCUUGAAGAACAUCAAUAUGCGCGCAGCGAGAAAGCUCCUCGAUAGUAUAAAUCUAAUGGGCUACGACUUCAAUGGCCCAUGGACUGAUGUAUCGGGACACCACGCACAGCUCUUCGCCCAACCAGGCCCACAAUCGCAUGUGGAUCCGGCCCUCAGGAAUUCGUGCCACCGCGGUGUUGAGUAUCUGGCGUCACAACAUUUCCCAGUUUACAAAAUUGUUCUAGGUGUGCCGGUCUACGCAUGGUCUUUUGCUGGGGCCCGUGGGGUUGGGCAGCCCUUCAGAUCCACCGCAGCGAUGGACUACAAUGAUCUACCUCCCGAGUGGAUCAGGGAUGCAACUGUUGACCAUCAUGCAGUGGCUGCGAGCUAUGUUGACCGUGCAGGUGAGGGGUUUGUUAGCUUUGAUGUCCCGGAGACGGUAAGACGGAAAGCUGAGUAUGUGAGUAGAAAGGGGCUAGGUGGGUUAUUCUACUGGACUGGUGUUGGCGAUGUUAAGGGCCCUGAGAGCCUGGUUCGGGCUGGAUAUGAAGAGCUUAACAAGGAGUAAUCAUGGAGACCUGCGUGGCCAUGAUGAAGGUAUGUCCAAAUAGCUCUUGCAAGUAUAUUCACGUCAAGGUGUAGUUGAUCACUUCAAUUACAAACCCACGUCAAACUUGGCACCGUCCUUGAUUCAGAAGACUUGUUUUCUCUAGACGUAGAGAAAAGCACGAACCUAUAUUUUGCCCUAUUAGUUAAAUACCAACUUUGUCAAGAUAAGUCAGUGUUAUUGUCACAUCACGCCUAGGUCAGAGAUUUCAAGUCAACACAUAUCAU